CAUGAACAAUGGGGUUCUAAAUUUGUUCAGUGUAUCUAUAGGGUACAUCUGUAACUCAUCCCUGGGAUCCGGAAUGACUGAUUUGCGACAGUGUUUCCAGUGUGUGUGCAUGCAAACAGUAUGAAAACUGUUCACCUUGUUACACAAACGAAAAGAAAAAAACUGAGAAUGAGCAGUGAAAUGAGUCUCUCUCUCUCUCUCUCUCUCUCUUUCCCACCCUCUUUUUUAUCUCUCUCUCUCUCUCUCUUUUUCUCUCCGCCCCCAGAGAGGAAGUUUAAGGUUGCUAUGUUAAUAUUCACUGAACCAAACUCUGCUGAAGUCAGUCACUGAGGUGUGGAGGAGGAAACCAUGAUGCUGUUCUUCUCGCACAUCCUCAGUCACCCAUUAAACCCCAAGCUUCUUUGAUUCCAUGUGGAUUUAUAUUUAUAUAAACUGGGUUCCUGAUAGAAGCAGUCACCUGCAGCCAGUAAAGAUCUCCAAAAGGACAAGAGGCGAAAUGACAGCAGCGUUGCCAGAAGCUGUUUCUUGAAAAGGUUUCAGCCUCACAAUGGACCAGAAAAAAACUUUGUGACAAACAAUGUUUCGGCAUAACACGUAACCAAGGCUUGCUUCGCCCCCACUCUUGGACUUUCACCUGGAUGCGCACAAGGGUCCAGGAUGAUUGUAUGUUUCCGGCGGUUCAGAAAAUGCCAAAUCCGACAGCUGAUGAUGACAUGCUUUGUGUUGUCCGUGAUAAAGGUCUACUGGGAAAGUCUUGACAAUGACGCAUUAAGUCAUAUCAAGUCCUACUCUUUGCGCCUGCUCAACAGCUUAGACUUCAUUAGCGCCAACCUAACCAUUAGUUACGAAGAAGCAAGGAAAUUCAGUAACCACCGAUACCUAAUAAACCACGAGCAGAAAUGUGUCAACAAAGACGUGCUACUCUUGCUGCUUGUAAAAAGCUCCCCAGAGAGCUUUGAAAGGAGGCAAGCCAUUCGUUCCACAUGGGGCAAUGAGGUCUACAUCAAGAGGAACCUUGGCGUGACUGUGAGAGUACUGUUUGCUCUUGGUGUCCACCCUCAACCACUGAAUAGGAAAAAGCUUCAGCAAAGGUUGGUUCGAGAAGACCAAAUAUAUCAGGAUCUAAUCCAACAGGACUUUCUCGAUACCUUUCAUAACCUCACUAUCAAGCUUCUUCUCCAGCUCGGCUGGAAACAUGCCUAUUGUGACCAUGCCCAUUUUCUCAUGUCUGCCGAUGAUGACAUAUUUGUCCAUAUGCCCAACCUGAUACGCUAUCUGCAGGAGAUCAACCAGACCGGCGUCAAGGACUUUUGGGUCGGCAAGGUGCAUCGAGGAGCUCCACCCAUUCGUAAGAAAAACAGCAAGUACUAUGUGUCUCAUGAGAUGUACCCCUGGCUUCUCUAUCCCGAUUACACCCCCGGAGCUGCUUACGUCAUCUCCAAAGAUGUGGCCUCUAGAGUCUACCGAGCUUCCCUCACCUUAAACGCCUCUCUUCAUAUCGACGAUGUCUUUAUGGGCAUUUGCGCCCACGCAAUAGGGGUUUUACCUCAGGAACACGUCUUCUUCUCCGGAGAGGGUAGGGCUCCUAACCACGUCUGCAUCUACAACCAAAUGAUGACCUCACAUGGACAUGUCAAGGACUUUCAUGAACUUUGGAAACUUGCGACGGAUCCUGCGGUGCAGCAAGUUUCCACAGGACUCUUUGGAAAGCUCUACUGCACCGUAGCUAAAAUCAGACUCCUUUGUGCAUUACACACGUUAAACACCUAUCCAUGUAAAGCAGCUUUUUUAUAGGGUCUGAAUUUAUUGGAAAUCCCUCUUCCCUCUCCUGUUUCUUUUCAUUUUAGACCCACACCUUUGUGCUAGGAGAUAUGUAUAUAGGUUCUUCCCCUGAACUAAUGCCGCAAAGAUGGAACCACACAAUUGUACACAAUGCCUUUGUAUUGUUGCUCAAAGGCUCUUGUAUGCAAAGGAAGUCCUUGAAGACAAGGUUGAAGUGUCAGAACUCCAUUGUCCUGCAGAGUCCUAACCUCACCCCGACUAAACACAUUGGGAUAGAACACCCAGAGCCCCCACAGAACUCUUGUUACUGAUUGAACAAAAAUCCCCUAGAAAGCCUUCAAAGAAAAGUGUAGUUUAUUCUAAAAAAUAAUGCUAGAACUGGCAGGGGGUGUUGAAGCACUUAUCGGUGUGGUAAAACUUUUGUCCAUAUAGAGUGAACACUUAUACACAAGGGCUGAAAAGGGUCCAAUAUUCGUAAAUGUUCAUUUUUUACAGCGUUUAAGUUUGAAUCAAGCUUCAGUGAUGCAUCAUUGGAAGUUAAGGCACUGUUUUAUUUGAAGCGAUGAUGUGGGUUCUGUGCUGAAAUGUUCGACUCCGAAGUGAUUCAAUCAACAUAUGAGUGCAGAGAAAUUGCCACAGACCUGAAUGACACCACCGCGUUGCCAAAUUCGGUCUCGCUGAAAGUAGAUUACCGUUACGAAAGAUCUUUGGUUCUGCUUUUCAAGAUUGUGGAAGUAAAGAUGUUCUAGAUAUCUAAUGUCUUAGCAGUAACAAUGAGUCAUUUUUGUAAAAUUUGACAAUAAAUCUUAUUGGGAAUUGCCCAGAAUUUCCCUGGAAGGGGGGCAAUACCCUGUUUAGCAACUCCCCCUUUUCCUAUAGUUUCACAUUCAUCUUGAAGUCUCCUAAAUGUAAAUUGUGUUCCUGGGUUAUUAUGCUGCCCUCUCUGUAACAUGAUGAUUCACAGGUUCCUUUGUAAAUGCCUUUUGUAUUCCUCUGGACAAUGGGAAAAAUGGGAACGGUGCUACUUAGCAGAGUAGUUAUUUUAUUAAAGCCAAUCUUUCAUGGGUUGAUUUACUCUAGACGUUCCAUACCUGAGGUAGGCUGAUUUUGACCUACUUUGCUAAAUUUCAUCCUUGUAUAUGUAUUCAAUAAAGGUUUUGACAUUCUUGUUUUUUUUUCCCCCCUCA